GAAUUGAGUCACCUAUUGGGAAAUUGCAGGUAAAGCCAUUGGUACAAGAAAGAAUGCUCUCAGGAGCUGCUGUCUCCCUGCUCUCCCUCAUACGUAAACAUGAAUUCAACCGUACAUCAAUCCAACAACUCCACUCUCAUUUGAUCUUUUGCACCUCAACGCCGAUCAUACUCACUCUUUGGAACUCUGUUCUCCGCCACUACUCCCUCGGAUCCUCCCCCCAAGAAGCUCUUUUCCUCUUUCGGCAUCUGCAGCGCAGAUUGAGACCCGGGUUCUUCUUCGAUAGCUUCGCUUAUUCUUUCCUCAUUAAAGCUGCUGCUAAUCUAACCCAACCCAGUAUCGGAAAACAGAAUGUGUUCGACGAAAUGCCUAGCAGGAAUAGUGUGACAUGGAAUGUGUUGAUUACUGGGCUUAUCAAGUGGGGUGAGCUUGGGUUUGCUCGGGCUGUUUUUAAUGCGAUGCCGGAGAAGAAUGUGGUUUCUUGGACGGGUAUUAUUGAUGGGUACACACGGGCGGGCAAGUUCAAUGAAGCUUUGUUGUUGUUCCGUGAAAUGGUGGUGAGUGAGGGGAUUAAACCAAGUGAAGUGACUCUUUUGGCGAUUUUCCCUGCUGUUUGGAACCUUGGGCAUCUCAAGUCUUGCCAAAUGCUGCACGCCUAUGGGGAGAAAAGUGGGAUCAACUCUUUUGAUAUCCGCAUUAUGAACUCCCUUGUGGAUGCAUAUUCCAAGUGUGGGAGCAUAAACUAUGCUUCGAAAGUUUUCGAUGAUAUACCAGAUGAAAGGAGGAAUUUGGUGUCAUGGACAUCGAUAAUAUCAGGAUUCGCAAUGCACGGGAUGGCCAAAGAAGCUUCGAAUGGUUUUAGGAUGAUGCAGAGUGCAAAUGUAAGACCAAAUCAGAUUACAUUCUUAAGUGUACUACAUGCUUGUAGCCAUGGUGGUUUGGUGGAUGAGGGUGUUGUGUUUUUCGGAAAGAUGGUUCAUGACUUUGGGCUUCAACCGAAUAUUAAACAUUAUGGAAGUUUGAUAGACAUGUUGGGGAGGGCAGGGAGAUUGGAAGAAGCAGAAAGGAUGGCUUUGGAGAUACCUAAUGAGAUCUCCAAUGUUGUGAUUUGGAGAACACUAUUGGGUGCUUGUAGUUUUCAUGGAAAUGCAGAGUUGGGACAGAGGGUUAUGCAGAAGAUUCUGGAGCUGGAGAGAACAUAUGGUGGUGAUUAUGUGUUGCUUUCUAAUAUUUUUGUUGAUAAUGGUAGGUAUAUAGAUUCUGAGGAGGUUAGGAGAUUAAUGGAUGAAGAAAAUGCACAAAAGGUGCCUGGUUUUAGUUUUGGCUAACUGUAAAUGAAGGUUCACCUUCUAUUGUGUCAUACUCACAACAAAUAGCCAUAGUAUCCCAAUCUAAGCAUGACCUUAACCCAAAUCUAGAGAUGUUUCUAGUUGAGUCUAAAGGGCAAUAAAAAUGACAAUACUAUGCAAUCCCUACUCCACAAGAAAUUGAGAAAUAAUAUUUGAGAGAUUCUUAUGCCUAUUAAACUAGUUUAUUGGGAUGGGGUUGAUUUCAUUACCUAUUAAUUGUGAUCUAGUUGGGUGGUUAGUGUGUAACGUGAUAGAUCCUUAUUUUAUGACAAGAAAAUGUUCAGAGUGAAAA